CUCAAUCAUGAAAACAGUCCUUUAAAAAAUUGUCAACAUGCAGAAAUCUCUCGAAAUACGAUAACAAUACAUUUGUAAAUUCGUAAACUGAGCCAUCGGAAGGUUUUGAAGCGAAUGUUAUCGAUAACUCAUGUGAAGUGAAGUGUUUACAUUGUCAACAAAAUUAAAAUCCGGCGUUCUCAAGUGUUUAAAGGCUGUGAAGGUAAUCAUAACCUCAAAAAUCCUGUAAUUUGAUGAACUUAUCGGGAAAGUUGUUGCGGCUUCUGACACCUAAAAAAUAUAUAGUUGCUGAAUAAUAUCUUUAUUGACCUAUAAAUAUCCCCUCGUCCAGAAAAAAUGAAAGGAAAAAAAUCAGUCUUCAUUCUUUAGAAAAACAAGUUCCGAGUUUUAUAACCAUCAUCAAGAUAUUUUCUGAACAAAAACAACUGGGGCAUAAAAUCCUGGAAUAAUGGAUCUCCUAUACACGAUAAAUCGAAAGUCCUCGUCGAGGUUCUUCGCCUCGAACGAGACUCUCUUGGAGGGCCACUGCCUCUGUUCCCUAUCCUCCAGGAACAUCGCAGCCUUCACGACAACAGUUCUCUUUGACGACCCUGUCGGGAAGACCUGGGGUUCUCACGUCUACGUGUGCGACCUGAACAUGCCCUGGCAUUCCCACCGGGUUACCUCGAACCGAUCAUCCCCGAUAACAGCUCUGGAAUGGGAUCUGCCCGGGGACAAACUCGUGGUGGCCGAUCGUUCGGGAACAGUUCAACUCUGGAUGUUCAAGGAUCACAUUCUCAACGAGUGGACUCUCCUAGGGUCCACCACGUUCCCUGGGGAGCACAUUCUGGGGGCCGCUUGGUUCCACAAUGGGAGGAAGACGGCGUUAGUUACGGAUAAGAAAGACAGUAUUCAUUAUUCUGAUAAAUUUACGCAUUUGCUGUUUGCACCCUCGGUUAGGCAGUUUGGAGGGAGAGCUGCUGAAGGUGUGCUGGUUGUGUCUUCUACAGGAAUGGUCGGUGCGAUCCUCAUCACCAGAGACAUAACCUCCCCAAUCUGCAUAGCAACGGAGAGUCUUUCCUCCAUCCGCCAGAGGAUCUCCUCGGUGGACCUCUGCUAUGGGAAGAACGGCCACUUCCUAGUGGCCGUAUCCAGUGGUACGACAUCCUUUCCGAUCCGUUGCUACCGAGUCCUCGUCACCAAGAAGGAUGACAAGUGCUCAAUCAAAUCUCUCGCCCUUCCCAGCUUCUUCCUCCAGGAUGGUCAGCUGCGUGAGAACUGUACGGAGAUCACCCAUUUAAAGUUUGUGGUCCGAGAGGACGCAGACUCUCUCGUGGUCGCGGCAUCCGGCGAAGGAGAGGGGUUCGUGGACGUUUGGGAACUCCGUGAGAAGACACAACCCGUCCACAAGCUCUUCCAGUUGAAGUCCUCCGAGCCUUUUAAGACGGUCGUUUGGCAGCACCAAUCCCAGUACAGGUGUCCAGCAGCUGUUACUGCCAUUGGCACUACCAAGGUCUCCCUCGUGACAACCCUGCCGCCCCCCAGUUUUGUCAUCGUCACCCUGGCAGACUCCUCAGUUCAUUGUCUCAGCCGAGAGGGUCUCAAGGAAAUCAACUCCUCCUCGUUGUCCAGAGGGUGGGGACAUGGGGAGCCUGCGGCCAAGUACUCGAAAGGUUCCGUCACUAUUUCCCACAUCGACCUGUCCUGGCUGGGCUUCGUCAUGAUGGCAGUGGAUACCCAGGGUAACUUCUACGUCUACAAGCUCCUCCCAGACGGAGGCAGCCAGAUAACCCUCAAUUACGCCUGCACAAUGUUGGAGUACUGCUUGAUAACCGGUCUGGACUGGCUGGACCUCCUCUUCUGUAUAAGAACCUCGAUGAUCGAGACCCUGUGUGAGAGACUCGACGCAUCCUACAACAGACAGAGUCCAGCGACUCAGCAGUAUCACUACAUCCAGUUCCUCUGCAUCAAAACAUCGUUGUACAGAAUGUUGGGCAAUGGCCAGGGCAGGGCCGCUGAUCUUAGCGCCCUCCUGAUGAUCCACUCAGUGGCCACUGCCUUCAAAGGACUGCUGAGACCUAGUGAUCUCAUCAGCCAUGACAAAGGACCCGCUGAGAGCCUCAGUGCUGUUAUCAACGAUGUUAAUCUCAGUGUGACUGAUGUUGAUAAAGUUCUGUUGCAUCUGGAUCCCAAAGAGUUUACGGUAGAGCCCAGCACUCUGCAGAGUCUUCACCAGCUGAUACAGUGGGUUGCCGAUCUCGCAUUGAAUCUGCUGGCGAGACUUCCUGAACAGAGGAUACAGAUGAAGCCUGGGGGGUAUGAGCUACUCAAGGAUCACAAUGCCCUGAAUAUUGUGAGGGAGCUGCUGGUCAUCAUUAGAAUCUGGGGACUGCUGAGGCCCACGUGUCUUCCUGCUUUUCAAAGGACUGUUGAUAAUGUCGAUGUCCUGGCGCUUCUCUUUCGACUGCUGUCCAAAUUGGUACAGGGAAAGGGCGAUGCUGGGCAGCAGAUCGAUGAUGGACUCAUUGAUGAUUGCUGCUUGCUACCAAAUCAGAUAAUAAUUCCACAAUUGCAUCAAGCGAAUGGAUUUACAGCAGUAGCAAUACCUACUCUCCACUGGCAGAAUCUCCCAUUGCAGUUUGAGUAUGGAAUCACCCCUGAUCAACUGCUUUUCGUACCUGAGCUGAAUCCCGUAGAGGGGUGCAUGCACUCUGGGCAGGUUGUCGAUAAAAUCAGACAUAUUUACCUGGGGAAGGACCCAUCGACGUUUAAACAAUGCACAAGAUGUGGGGGAAAAGCUCAAGUCCAAAAUAUGACACGAACAGCAGCGAUAAGGGCUUGGGACCAACGUUGGACGCGUACCUGCAGAUGUGGCGGCACCUGGAGAAUAGCAAAAGCCAUUUCCUGAGAUUCCAGCAAAAUUAAAUAAUCCAUUCUGUGAUCAGGCAAUGUUUCCCAAUACUUUAUAUAAUUACGACGAAGAGAACGAUGAGGUGUUAUCUCGCUCGAGAAAUUCCAGAAAUGCCCAUUUUUGUAUGAAAGAACGACUACAAAACCCAAGAGUUUUAUAAUUAGACUGUGGAGCAAUCGAUGAUCGAAGACAAGUCAGAAGUCCAAUUCUCAAAUUUUGUUGUUUAAUCACAGAAUUAGUCCAUGUUUAUUGUAAAUAUUAUUUUCAUUUGUAAUUAGGAAUUGAUUUCGUUUCAUUGCGUAAAUGUCAUCGAGUAGACGAAUAUUUCUAUUUUAAUAUUUACGAAUCACUGUUGGAUUAAUCAGAAAUAAAUCAGGAUUGAACUCCUGGAGUUUUUUACCAUGAUAA